CGAUAAAACGAUAGGAUAAAACCAAAAGAAGAACAAGAAACGAUCUGGUCAAACUGGUCUGCUUUGUGCUAAAUUCGGCAAGCGAUUAAGUUCAAUCAGUCGUUACAGUCAGUUUACCACGUUCUUUUUACACAUCUGCUGACUAGUUAAUUUAGCAACAAUAACAUGAGCGACAACGAGAAAGAUUUUAGGGAGCAGGUUGAGGUUGGAAGAAAGAAAAAGGCGGAAGACGUUUCAGAUGUGAAGUUGUUAUUGUUUGGCGCUGCUGGUGUUGAUGCAUGCUAAUAUAUUGGAUGCUGAAAAGAAGCGAUCAAGAUCUGUCCCCACUACUAGUGUUGUAAUGGCAGAUGGUAAAUGGGGGAAGAGGAGGAAAAAGAAGUCAUAAUGUCAAACUGAAGAAAGAAGAAAUGAAGGGUUGUUUUGAAGUAAUGAAGUUAAAGAAGUAAUGAAGUUAAGAUCAGAAGUUUACCAGGGUAUGAGUAAUUUCCUAACAGCCUGCUAUGGACUCGCGGCCUGGCUCGAGGAGUGCAUCCCCUCAGGGCUCGGCAAAAUCCACCAGCCGCUCACCAGCACACUCAAAAGAUGGCUCCCGCCGCUCCAGGUCCAGAUCCCGGUCUCGAUCAAAAUCCAAAUCCAGGUCCCGUUCCCAUCGCAGCUCACGCAGGCACUACUCCCGCUCUCGUUCCCGCUCCCACCGACGCCGCUCUAGGAGCCGAUCUCGUAGCUGGGAGUACCGCCGGCAUAGGAGCCAUAGCCGUUCCCCCAUGUCAAAUCGUCGCAGACACAUUGGCAACAGGGCCAAUCCAGACCCCAACAACUGUCUGGGUGUGUUUGGACUGAGUCUGUACACCACUGAGAGGGAUCUGAGGGAGGUUUUCUCCAAAUACGGCCCUUUGAGUGCCGUCAACAUUGUGUAUGACCAGCAGUCGCGUCGCUCAAGAGGCUUUGCCUUUGUCUACUUUGAAACCUCUGAGGACUCCAAGGAGGCCAAGGAGCGUGCUAACGGAAUGGAGCUUGAUGGGCGCAGGAUCCGGGUGGAUUUCUCCAUCACAAAACGAGCCCAUACACCCACUCCUGGAAUCUACAUGGGACGUCCCACUUAUGGUGGUGGUGGUGGUGGGGGUGGCAGUAGUAGCAGCAGUGGUGGUUCAUCGCGGCGUGCCUCGAGGGACUGCGACAGGGGCUACGACAGAAGUUAUGACAGAGGUUAUGAUCGCGAAUACGAUCGCUAUGACGACCGAGAUUACAAAUCAUGCAGGCGCAGAUCUCCAUCUCCUUACUAUAGCAGAGGGUACCGCUCAAGAUCCCGAUCUCGCUCCUACUCGCCACGUCACUACUGAGCAGUGAGUGAAGAGUUGCCAACCGUUUCAGUUUUAUUGUUCAGAUUUUUUUUUUUUGAUCAGAUUAUCUAUGGAAUAUGUAUUCUAGAUUUGUUUAAUGUAUUGAAGGUUUGAGAAAUGGUCCUAAAGAUGCAGUCUGUCUGAGCACCACAAUGUCAGUGGUGGUUUUUAUGUAGGCAGAAUUUUCUGUGGCUGUUAUAUUAUAAUUUCUCCUUUUUUGCUCUCUGUAGGUGGUUUAUUAAUAUUGAACUCAAGAUCCCAGUUUAAACACAUUUUGUUUUAAAUACCAUGUUUCUUAUUAGUGUUGUGUUUUUCUGGCAUUAAGUACUUUUUGGGGGUGUUGUACAUAAACAAUAUAUUACUUGGGUCAUUUGCUCUGUUGUUAAGUAACCGUGUGUAGUGCACUGUAAUGGCCACACUGCCCAGUGGUUUUAGAGGCUGGAAUAUUGCCGGUAUUUGUACCAUAAGUCCCAUGAAACAUUUGAAUUAAUUGGUGUUUUUUACUUGACACAAAUAAAUAUUCCUGCUUGGGCUUCAUGCAUGCACCCUCAUUCGACAUCAGUGAUCUUCCAUAAUGAAGCCCGGUUGUGUCAGAGUUUGAAUGAGUUUUUGGUUAAAGUUGUUAACCGUAUUGAGCAUUUUUAAAUCCAAUGAAAUGUAUUCUGUUUAUCCUGUAACAAUUCUGUUACGUACUAGUAAAUAAAAUAUUUUGGAAAUAGGACAGCUUGCUUUCACCCAACAGCGACGUGGGAGUGUUACGUUUUGACUGCAGUUUGACAGUUUUUGUGCUAAGAUAGGAGUUUUGUUUUAGUAACCACCAGACUUUGUUAUAACAUGAAAAGUAAAUGCUGUGUAAUUAAAUGCCAAUAUUAUGUGGA